AUGCAUGGUGUUUUUAUGUAUGUUAUCGAAGUUGAAGCUGGAUUUCAAACAUAUCAGCCGGUUGGGAAACUACAUCUGUCACCAAACUCCGGUAAGAAGACUUAUUUACCGGAGGUAGAUGAAUCGAUUAAGCCGAGGGAUAAGAUGACCUUUGACACAGUGAACAACGCAUUCCUCUUUUAUCAGAAGUAUGCAAUGGCUUCAGGCUUCACUGCCAGGAAGUCUACUCAAUACACACAUAAUGGUGUUAUAAAAUCUAAAUGGUUUGUUUGCUCAAAGGAGGGGACUAAACCUUUUAAUGCGAUCGAUACAUCUAAAAAGAUUGACACCUCAAAUAAUGGGUCAAAGAGGAAAUAUGUUCGACGUGUUCCUUCUAUAAGGACUGGGUGCAAAGCACGUAUGUGUAUAAAGUUAAUGCCUUCGAAUCUAUACGAGGUAUCUUCUUUCAUUGAGGCACAUAAUCAUUUUUUUGUUGCUGAGGAAGAUAGGCAUCUACUCCCCUCUAACCGAGGUAUGAACUAUAUGCAAGAGCAAGCCGUUAACGCGUUGAGUGCCUUGAACAUUGGCCCUGUGAAAGCAUUUAAUAUCAUGAGGACAUUGUAUGGUGGGUUUGACAAGGUUGGGGCAACCAAAAACGAUUAUAAAAAUUUCAAGCGAGACCUGAACAGUUAUAUAUCGAAGUUUGAUGCUGAUAUGAUGAUUAAACGGCUUUUGAGGAAGAAAGAGUACAUGCCUAACUUUUCAAUGGAGUAUAUAACAGACGAGAAUGGAGUUUUAAGGGGUUUGUUUUGGGCAGAUGAAGAUGCCAAAAGGAAUUUUUCUGUGUUUGGUGAUGUUGUUUCAUUUGAUGCCACAUAUCGUCGUAACAAGUACAACAUGAUGUUUGUUCCAUUUACCGGCAUCGACAAUCACAAUCGCAAUGUUACUCUUGGUGCCGCUAUAAUAGGAAAUGAAACUGCUGAAACUUAGAGUUGGUUGCUAAAUGUGUUUCGUCAAGCAUUUGGCCGUGCCCCUCCGGUGAUUGUCACCGACCAAGACCCAGCCAUGAAGAAGGCUAUCGAAGAUACAUGGCCCGAGA